AUGUCAAGCCUGGAUGUGACACCGUCUCGCGUAGCUCCCAGGGGCAGAGAUCCAGCUCGCGGCGUCUACUACAAGCUUGCCUUCUUCAGUGUCGCUCUCUUUGCAGCUCCCAUCUCGGCCUACUACUUUGCCAAGGACAGGUAUCUUUCUGGGAAUGCUACAUAUGCAGGCGGCCUGGCGGCGUUAGUGGCGAAUUUGGUGCUGGCUGCGUACGUUGUGGCGGCUUUCUUGGAGGACGACUCUGACAUCGUACCUGCUCAAGUCAGGACCGAGAACAGCAGUCUUGAGGCGAAGAAAGGUCAAUGA